AUGUCACAAACGCCAGGGCAACCAACACGAGCCCCCGGGAGCUUCUCUCCUGCGAUCCCAGCAUCGACAUCGACAAUCCCGCGCCGACCUGUCCAGAGAAUUGCCUCCUCUCCUGAUGAAGAGGCAGGUCCUUUGACCGUUGCCAAGCAACGAGCUCCAGCGCUGCAGAAUGCGCCCGCCCCUCCGCGUCCUUUGUAUGCCGCAUCCGCCCAGGCGAACACCAGCACCUCAAGUCUGCAGAACUUCUCUCGACCGACGCCCACUCCACUGCGCACCGAUCUGCCACAGACACAGACACAGAGGGCGGGCUCACCGUUAACCGCUUCCGCGAAAUCCCCGGAUAGUUCUGUCCACGGUACGCCCCACCGCGGACACGGGAGAAAACACUCGAAGACGCAAGGAUCCUUCGAGCCGUAUCUUCCCACGGCUGCUUUCUCGAAUAUGGGCAAUAUGGGAAACCUCGAUAAGGCUCUGAGUGCGAGUCAGAUCGCUGCUCAGGCGGCGAUGCAGCAUCAGGCACAACAUGUACGGCAAAGGUCACAAACGAUACCCAUCCCUGAGGACACAAAGUCAAAUACUGGCAGAUCUAUGAGGGCGCCCACUUCCCCACCGCUCUUGAAUUUAACGGAGGCUUCUGCUCCAAGAGAACCGAGUUUUGGGGGCCAGAUAUAUCACAAUGGGUUACUUGGAGGGCAUGGAGCAGCUCAAACAGCUGCAAACGCAGCGUUUCCAAAGUCGCCUGGAUCGUCACCGGUACUGCCACCCACAGAUCACGAACAGCAUCGGCUGCAAGCCGAAAAGCCGAAAGCAGAGAAGCCCAAAGUCAAGUUGUUUUCUCGGCCCGCGAGGAUCGGGAUUAGCAAGGAUAAAGAUGGAAAGGCCGGAGCGCUCCCGAGCCCGAGUAAGAUGGCAUCCUACUCCCUUGGUGCACUAUCGAGAGGUAAUGCGAGUACCAACAAUUUAGCAGAUAACUUAUCAAGCGCCGCGAGCAUAUAUAGCAUGGCGAACUCCUCUUCAGCAACCAUACGAGCCGAUCAACCGGAGAAGGAAAAGGAUAAGGAAAAGAAGCAUCACUUUCUUUCGAGACAGAAACACAAAUUAAGCAGCAAAGAUGACUACCAUCUACCGUUAUCAUCCGCAGCGUCGAAUUCGAAGCCCGUGGAUCCGAGCGCCCCGAGCAGUUUAUAUAACUUCAACCUACCGCAGAGUCCUGGACCGAACAGUACGAGCUUUGCGAAGUCGAUGAGCGGGUUGGAUUUGAGACACGGCGGAAGGGCAUUGAGAGAGAAGAAGAAAGAGGAGAAGGGUGAUGCGUUGAGAGAGACUGAGUUGUCAUACCAGAAUAGCAAUGAUUGGCCUGGUCCAUCCAGUCUGGGUUCUGCAGGAGCGAGUUCACAUCUUGCUUCUGCGACCGGUCCUUUUGGCCAUCCUACUGCUGCAACAGAUAUUCAGGAUUUUGCCAAGUUUGGACUGGCAAAUAUGGGACCGGAUGAUGCGUGGCCGUGCUUGAAGGCUAAGCUUCUGGUAAUCUUCGAAGGAGAAGACUUGAGGUUACCAGUGGAGGACUUCAAUCGCCUCGUUUCGACACACUUCCAACGCUGCUUGCAAAAAAGAGCUCCAAACAUCAUAAUCGACGACCUCCGCGAUCUUCUUACAACGGGCUUCUCAUUACUCGACCAAACGCUCCGUCGCACACCCGAUGAACGACUCAUCCCUCAUCUCGUCGAGAUGUGGCUCUUCACAUUCACAUCUAUCCUCCCUUACGUACAAGCCGUCUUUCUUCCUCUGGAUCUCGAGUUUUCUGGAAAUGGACCCCUCAUGUCACCUGAACAAGCUCGAGAGUUCUGGGGCGCAUUGCCCGCCUCUACUGCAUCCUAUAUUGGAACGAGUGUUCCCGCCUCUCAAGGUCUGGAAGUUCGCCGGAUCGUGCUCAUAGCUUAUCGGGACACCAUCAUCCUCCCGCGCUUCGAUACCCUGAAAACGCUCUUCUCCCGGCUCUCACUAGAUAGCAUAGCCCUCAGUAUCCCAUCCUCCGACACCCUCUCCACAUCCCCCGAUUCCUUCUCCAACAUCUCUGGCGGGCGCCCCUCAACUGCCAUGUCCCUCGACCCAUCCCAAGCGUCCUACGGCUCCCAAUCAACAACGCUCUUAGGCGGCGGCUCUUCCGGCGACGGCAGCGGUAACCGCUCCCGCACCAUCAGCAACGUCUCGCACGGCUCGGACUCCAUCCUCUCGGGCCUCGGGAUCAACGUCCCCCCUCCCCCCGCCCGUCCCUUCACCCCCAGCAGCACGCACCCCUUCGCGCAGACGAGCCACGGCAACCGCGGCGCCCGCGAGCGGAACGUCGAGGAUAGCAGUAACCGGGUGACGGAGCUCGUGGGCCGCAUGCUGCAGUGCAUGAGCGUCCUGUCGAGCGUGGGAGGCACACCGGGCAGUGCCAGCACCGGGGCGGGGGCGGACCAGGAUAGCCAGCAGAAGAUGGAGGAGCUGUGCAGAGGGCUGAAGUUGAAUUGGUUGGGAAGGGGGAGGAUGGGCAGGAAUAGGAGGGGCUUGGUGGGCGCCAGGGUUCCGGGCGGGAGUAAAGGACAGGAGAGCAGGCCGGAGGGUAUUACGGUCUGA